AUGCCAGGAUGAACCCUGUCAGUGCAAGGAGGAGGGGAGGAUUCGCAACAACACAGGGAAGAAGACUCGGUGACAAGAUAGACUCGUCGCUGCACAGACCACCUAGAGGCUAAGUCCGCACAAUGGUAAGCCAACACACUCACCUCAUCAUAAGUUCUGCCCGAACCACGGAGUUUUCAACUUCAGGCUGCCCGCUCCAAGAGACCUCAAACAUUUUGUGCCCGGCCACCCACCGUUCCUUCACUAUGCCACCCACCCUGUACUUCACUCCAUCCACCUCCCCCCCAACGUCCUCUGCUUUCCUGGCAGCUUCCUUCCCUGGUGUGAUGCAGAUCUGUGCUGCCUGCUGCACUAGCAGCAGACGCCUGAGGUCUCUCUCUGCUAGCUUGGAGCCAAUGUACCGAGCUGAGCAUGAAGAGAACAUGCGGAAACGGGUGAAGACGGAAAAGGAGAGGAGGAAGGAGAUUAAGGGGGUAAGAAGCUCCAGAAGGGGAAGUGCAGCAAUGGCAGCCAAGCCCCUCUCCCUGACAGCCUCUAGCACGCCUUCUUCACCCAGAGCUGCCACCCUCUGCACUGCGCCUUGCUGCGCUGCCACCCUCUGCACUGCACCCUUGCUGGUGGAUGGGGCUGGGGGAGAUGAGGCCAAAGAUAGCGAAUCCAUGGGGAAAGGUGGGACGAGAAUGAGGUAAACACAGGGAUCGGAUUGGAUUGAAUAGGGUGAGAGGGAUGGGUUGCUAUGGCUGCGCUGGUAAAAAAAGCAGAACAGGAGAGCACUAACCCUGGCACGGAGUGUGGGGGCAGCAGAGACACCUUGCGAGUAGUCGGAUCCCAGGAAUAGGCCCAUGGCUAUCUGAACCAUGGGAAGGAUAGGGGGCAGGAUGGGGAGAGAAGGAUCAAGGGGAAUGAGAGGACAGAGCAAGCAGUGAGAAAAGAUAGCAGCUGAGCAGACGUUUGAGUGAUGGGACACGGCAGAGCAUAUCGCGGUGGCACAGAAUAGAUGUGCUUGGAAUGGCACGACAUGGCAUGGCAUGGCAAGGCACGUCUGGGACCGCACAAGUGAGUUUCGGCCAAGGCUGAGGGAUGCUUGGAUGUCCGCUGCUGUGUAGAGCACUGCCCAGUUGGCGCCUGGUAGAGAAGGGAGCAUAGCAGGGACAGCAGUGAAAGCAGGAGAGAGAGAGAGGGCGGGGUGGUUAUAAUGCGAGACGAAGGUGCUUACAGUGGGAUAAGGUGCUUGCAUUGCAGCCAUGCCCUUCCAUCCCUGUUUUGAGGCGCCUCAAAGCCAUGCCCUUCCAUCCCUGCCACACUCCCCCACGACUCGCCUUUGUGCAGGCAGAGGUCACGAACCACGGCCUUGGCUGCUGCACCCAUGCCCUGCCACCCCGUUCCACAUCAGCGCACACCACACCCAACCAACUCACUCUCCCCAUACCAUACGCACCUUUGUGCAGGCAUAUGUCACGGACCACGGCCUUGGCUCCAAAGAGAAAGGCGUCCGAGUCACCCGAGCACAUCACAUCCUGAUGCAGUGGCCGAUGGUGGAGUGGAAGUGAGGGUGGAAGAAUUUUGGUUGCUUGGAAGUGUGCACGUAACGUGCAACAACUUUUGGUUCGCGCGAGGUUACCACCUGCAGGUUCCAAGGCUCCCGAGGACAAACCCGAAGGACGACAGGGCACCUAGGUUUUUUCCGCAGUGCUUUGUUGGCUUACUUCUUAUCUAGUUGUGGGCCCGGGUAGGAUUUCCCCAGAGUAGAUCUCGAGGCUUGGGUGUCUUUUUAAGACCCCUCGCUCGGAGGUUUCUUUUCAUUACCAGCUCAUGCACUGAUGGAGGUGUUGUGGGUCUGAUCCCCACCACCGAA